CACAGGUCUCUUUGGAGGCCGUGUCUUUACCGUCAUGUGACGCGAGCCGUCGCCCCACCCGUCUGCAGCCACUCCCGUUCUCAGUCCCAGAGCUCGAGAGGGCCACGUGACCGUCCCGGGACCAGUCACGUGAGGCGCAGAUCCUUGGUGGGAGGGGGUGGUAGAGGGGUCCAGAGUGGCAGUAAAGGAGGAAGAUGGCGGGGUGCAGGGGGUCUCUGUGCUGCUGUUGUAGGUGGUGCUGCUGCUGCGGUGAGCGUGAGACCCGCACCCCUGAAGAGCUGACUAUCCUUGGAGAAACACAGGAGGAGGAGGAUGAGAUUCUUCCAAGGAAAGACUAUGAGAGUUUGGAUUAUGAUCGCUGUAUCAAUGACCCUUACCUGGAAGUUUUGGAGACCAUGGAUAAUAAGAAAGGUCGAAGGUAUGAGGUGGUGAAGUGGAUGGUGGUGUUUGCCAUUGGAGUCUGCACUGGCCUGGUGGGUCUCUUUGUGGACUUUUUUGUGCGACUCUUCACCCAACUCAAGUUCGGAGUAGUACAGACGUCGGUGGAGGAGUGUAGCCAGAAAGGCUGCCUUGCUCUGUCUCUCCUUGAACUCCUGGGUUUUAACCUCACCUUUGUCUUCCUGGCAAGCCUCCUUGUUCUCAUUGAGCCCGUGGCAGCAGGUUCUGGGAUACCCGAGGUCAAAUGCUAUCUGAAUGGUGUGAAGGUGCCAGGAAUCGUCCGUCUCCGGACCCUGCUCUGCAAGGUUCUUGGAGUGCUGUUCAGUGUGGCUGGAGGGCUCUUUGUGGGGAAGGAAGGCCCCAUGAUCCACAGUGGUUCAGUGGUGGGAGCUGGCCUCCCUCAGUUUCAGAGCAUCUCCUUACGGAAGAUCCAGUUUAACUUCCCCUAUUUCCGAAGCGACAGAGACAAGAGAGACUUUGUAUCAGCAGGAGCGGCUGCUGGAGUUGCUGCAGCUUUUGGGGCCCCAAUCGGGGGUACCUUGUUCAGUCUAGAGGAGGGUUCGUCCUUCUGGAACCAAGGGCUCACAUGGAAAGUGCUCUUUUGUUCCAUGUCUGCCACCUUCACCCUCAACUUCUUCCGUUCUGGGAUUCAGUUUGGAAGCUGGGGCUCCUUCCAGCUCCCUGGGUUGCUGAACUUUGGCGAGUUUAAGUGCUCUGACUCUGAUAAAAAAUGUCAUCUCUGGACAGCUAUGGAUUUGGGUUUCUUCGUCGUGAUGGGGGUCAUUGGGGGCCUCCUGGGAGCCACAUUCAACUGUCUGAACAAGAGGCUUGCAAAGUACCGUAUGCGAAACGUGCACCCGAAACCUAAGCUCGUCAGAGUCUUAGAGAGCCUCCUGGUGUCUCUGGUAACCACCGUGGUGGUGUUUGUGGCCUCGAUGGUGUUAGGAGAAUGCCGACAGAUGUCCUCUUCGAGUCAAAUCGGUAAUGACUCAUUCCAGCUCCAGGUCACAGAAGAUGUGAAUUCAAGUAUCAAGACAUUUUUUUGUCCCAAUGAUACCUACAAUGACAUGGCCACACUCUUCUUCAACCCUCAGGAGUCUGCCAUCCUCCAGCUCUUCCACCAGGACGGCACUUUCAGCCCCGUCACCCUGGCCUCGUUCUUCAUUCUCUAUUUCUUGCUUGCAUGUUGGACUUACGGCGUUUCUGUUCCAAGUGGCCUUUUUGUGCCUUCUCUACUGUGUGGAGCUGCUUUUGGACGUCUAGUUGCCAAUGUCCUAAAAAGCUACAUUGGAUUGGGCCACAUCUAUUCGGGGACCUUUGCCCUGAUUGGUGCAGCGGCUUUCUUGGGCGGGGUGGUCCGCAUGACCAUCAGCCUCACGGUCAUCCUGAUUGAGUCCACGAACGAGAUCACCUACGGGCUUCCCAUCAUGGUCACACUGAUGGUGGCCAAAUGGACAGGGGACUUUUUCAAUAAGGGCAUUUAUGAUAUCCACGUGGGCCUGCGAGGCGUGCCGCUUUUGGAGUGGGAGACAGAGGUGGAAAUGGACAAGCUGAGAGCCAGCGACAUCAUGGAGCCCAACCUGACCUACGUCUACCCGCACACCCGCAUCCAGUCUCUGGUGAGCAUCCUGCGCACCACGGUCCACCACGCCUUCCCGGUGGUCACAGAGAACCGCGGCAACGAGAAGGAGUUCAUGAAGGGCAACCAGCUCAUCAGCAACAAUAUCAAGUUCAAGAAAUCCAGCAUCCUUACCCGGGCCGGCGAGCAGCGCAAACGGAGCCAGUCCAUGAAGUCCUACCCCUCCAGCGAGCUGCGGAACAUGUGUGAUGAGCACAUCGCCUCUGAGGAGCCGGCUGAGAAGGAGGACCUGCUGCAGCAGAUGUUGGAGAGGAGAUACACUCCCUACCCCAACCUAUACCCUGACCAGUCCCCGAGUGAAGACUGGACCAUGGAGGAGCGCUUCCGCCCUCUGACCUUCCACGGCCUGAUCCUUCGGUCGCAGCUUGUCACCCUGCUUGUCCGAGGAGUUUGUUACUCUGAAAGCCAGUCGAGCGCCAGCCAGCCGCGCCUCUCCUACGCCGAGAUGGCCGAGGACUACCCACGGUACCCCGACAUCCACGACCUGGACCUGACGCUGCUGAACCCGCGCAUGAUCGUGGAUGUCACCCCAUACAUGAACCCUUCGCCUUUCACCGUCUCGCCCAACACCCACGUCUCCCAAGUCUUCAACCUGUUCAGAACGAUGGGCCUGCGCCACCUGCCCGUGGUGAAUGCCGUGGGAGAGAUCGUCGGGAUCGUCACACGGCACAACCUGACCUCGGAAUUUCUGCAGGCCCGGCUGAGGCAGCACUACCAGACCAUCUGACGGCCCAGCCCGCCCUCUCCCGGGGCUGCCUGGGGAGGCAGCUUAUGCUCGCUCCGGCUGGCACAGUUGGCUGGGGCUGUUCCGGGGCAUGGAAGAUUCCCAGUCACCCACUCAGAAAGCCUGGAGUCAUUGGACACCUUGCUGGUCAGAGGUCCUGGGGGUGGUUUUGAACCAUCAGAGCUUGGACUUAGAUUCUGACUUCCCCAGCAAGGAUCUUCCCACUUUCUGCUCCCCGUGUUCCCACCCUCCAGUGUUGGCACAGGCCAACCCCUGGCCCCACCAGAGCCAGAAGCAGAGGUGGAAUCAGGCGGGCCCCGGGCUGCACGCCGAGCCGUGUUCCUGGCCGUCUUCGCUACUUUCCUAGAGAACCUGGCUGUUGCCUUAAAUGUGUGAGAGGGACUUGGCCAAGGCAAAAGCUGGGGAGAUGCCAGUGACAACAUUCAGUUCAUGACUAGAUUUAGGAAUUGGGCACUGAGAAAAUUCUCCAUGUUUCAGAGAGGCCUUCCCUGGCUUGGGACUCCGAACACGGACUUCUCGCUGGUUUGUUGUAAGGGAAACACUGCGCUCCUGGGUGUGAGCCGAGGCUCUGGUCCUGCCCCUGUGGUUUGGCUCUCCUUACAACCACCACCCACCAGAAACACAAAGCAUUAAAAUCACACUAAUAACCCCCAUGGUCAAUCUGAUAAUAGGAUCGGAUUUACAUCUACCCUAGUUCUUAACAUUUCAGCUUUCUCUCCAUCUGCAGGUUAUUCCCAGCCUCCCAGGAACACAUUGCUACCCAGACCCUUUUCGUUUCCUUACGUUUUGAUCUCUGUCUUCCUGAUGAAGCAGGCAGAGCUCAGAGGAUCUUGGCAUCACCCACCAAAGUUAGCUGAAAGCAGGGCACUCCUAGGUAAAGCAGCUUCACUGAACUCUGGGGAAUGGUACCAUUUUUUUCCCAAGGUAGAAAGGAAGCACUUCUGAGCCAGGGACCACUGAAAGGUGCGUGCUGUGAUAAAGCAGAUGGCCUAUUCGAGGAAGAGGGUGUCUGCCUUUCACAAACACCUCUCUCUCCCCGGCACUCGCCGUCCCAAGCUUACAUACAGAGGCCCUUCAGGAGGGCCUCCCACGCCGCAGGGAGGGUUCGUGGGGAGGAUGCUUCCUGCCAGCACAUGCCUGAGGGUUUCGCGUGAAGCAUGGGAACCACCCCGUCGUUCAGUGACAUCAUUCUUCUCCAGGCCGGCUGGCGCCCUCUGACUAGGCACCCAAAGUGAGCAUCUGGGCAUCUGGUAUUUGCACUUAUCUUCCCCCACCUUCUCCAUGGCAUCUCAGUUCCAGCAGACAUCCCUGGGGCAGGCGUGCUUUGGCUCAAGAUGGCCUUCAUUUACGUUUAGCUUUUUUCAAAACUGUGGAGGUUGCCCACGGGCCUCGGCACCCGGCCCUGGCAGCACAGCUCUCUCAGGCCCAGCCCUGGGCGACCUCCUUGGCCAAGGCUGCCUUUCACCCUGGGGUGGGCAUCAGUCCUGGCUCUGCCGGUCCACAUCUUGCACUCAGCACACUCUGGGGAGUAAUUCCACUCCAGAGACAGGGCUGCUUCGAGGUCUUUUCCAGCUGACUGUGGCCCGUCCAUUUCCCCCAUUUUCUUACCACUCUGACCAAAAUUGCUUUGACUUCUAAAUGUUUCUGCUUCCCAGAAUGCACCCGGUUUGUGAAACAGGGAUGAUACUCCCAGGAAAUAGUGCAGGACAUCACAAGGACCCAAAAGGCAAUUCUUACUUAAAUGUGACUGUUUGGCCAGCUGCCGCUAUGUUUUAUGGCAGUGUUCAGAGCUUGAUUACGUUAUUUCUUCCUUUUAUUAAGAAGGAAGCCAAUUGUCAAAGUCAGGAGAAUGGUGUGAUCACCUGUCACAGACGCUUCAUCCCUUCUCCCCGCCCCUUCCCGGAGCUGGCAGAGCUAACGCCCUGCAGGAGGACCCCGGCCUCUCGAGGGCUGGAUCAGCAGCCGCCUGCCUCGAGGCUGCCCUGGUGAAUGUUGCUGGAAUUCAUCCCUCGUGCACAUCCUGUUGUGUUUAAGUCACCAGAUAUUUUGUUCCCAUCAGUUUAGCCCAGAGAUAGACAGUAGAAUGCGAGUACCUCCCUCCCGUAAACUGACUGGACGGCUGCCAAGGAGGCCCCAAACUCAGCCCCAUGCAGAGGCACGUGGUUUCCUGUUCUCCUCUCUCUGCAUCUGCCCUUUCCAGAUAAGCCCAAAGACAACAACUUCUCCACUCGUGACAAAUCAACUGUGAGCCUCGCUCCUUCCAUUUCUGUCCAUUAGAAACCAGCCUUUUCAGCACCUCACCCAUUAGCCGCCCCACCACCCAGCGAUCAGGCACCUCAGUAAGGCAGAUCCGCGGAUGGGGAGCCUGCGGGUGGCCAGAGGCGGUGUUUGUGUUUCGUCUCCAGCUCGGUGUUCCAUGGCUCCUAGGUGAGGUGAUCAGGGAGUGGGGCCAGUGGGUCCCCAGCCCUGGCUGUGGGACCUUGUGCUGAGGGAUGAUUUGCUCCUGACCUUGAUUAACUUAACAGUUCCUAGCUGGAAGGGACACUUUCUGGACCCAGUCCACUGUAUGGCAUUUGUGAUGCAGAACUAUGCACUGACAUGACCCUGGGUGACAGGAAAGCCUUUCGAGAGGCCCAAGGUGGCCUCGCCAGCCCUGCAGUAUUGAUGUGCUGUAUUGCCCCACGGCUCUGCAGACCUUGGCCAUUGCCGCAGUCAGCUUCCUUUUUUCUGUUUGCACUGUUCGUAUGAUGUUAGCUAAUUCCACUGUGUAUAUAAAUUGUAUUUUUUUUAAUUUGUAAAAUGCUAUUUUUAUUUGAACCUUUGGAACUUGGGAGUUCUCAUUGUAACCCUAACAUGUCAGAAUAAAAUGUCUUCUGUCUC